UUGUACAUGAAAAGUGAUUUUAAAUCAUAUUAUUAUGAUAAAUCUAUUGUAGAAUUUAGCUCAAUCCCCGUAUCAAAGUAUAUGUAAUAUCGUUAGUUAAAAGAAAAAUAUAAACGUCCGCCCAGAGGCAUAUCAGUCAUUUGGCUCUCUCUCAAAAAUCGAGUUUUUAAAUAAAAAUCAGGACAGGUUUGUCAAUUUGAUUUGCAGAUUGAUACUACAAGCCAUGGGCCUUGAGAUGGAAUCCAUGGCCUCCGCGAUCGGCGUCUCGGUCCCGGUGCUCCGCUUCCUCCUAUGUUUUGUCGCCACCAUCCCCGUCAGUUUCAUCUGGCGACUCGUCCCCAGUCCACCCGCCAAGCACCUCUACGCCUUCGCUUCCGGCGCUCUCCUCUCGUAUCUUUCAUUCGGAUUCUCUUCCAACCUCCAUUUCUUAGUCCCAAUGCUACUUGGCUAUGCUUCCAUGGUCUUCGCCCGAAACCAUUGCGGAAUCAUUACCUUUAUCCUGGGCUUCGGCUACCUCAUCGGCUGCCAUGUAUUUUACAUGAGUGGGGACGCAUGGAAGGAAGGAGGAAUUGAUGCAACUGGGGCCUUAAUGGUGUUAACACUGAAAGUCAUCUCGUGUGCAAUCAAUUACAACGAUGGGGUAUUGAAAGAGGAAGGUCUGCGUGAGUCUCAGAAGAAAAACCGGUUGAUUAAGUUACCCUCUUUGAUCGAGUACUUUGGCUACUGCCUCGGCUGUGGUAGUCACUUUGCUGGUCCAGUUUAUGAAAUGAAGGAUUAUCUUGACUGGACCGAAGGAAAAGGGAUAUGGAGCCGCUCAGAGAAAGGACCAUCUCCAUCACCCUACGGAGCAACAAUUCGAGCUCUUCUCCAAGCUGCAUUCUGUAUGGCCUUGUAUGUAUAUUUGGUACCCCAAUUUCCUUUGUCAAGAUUUACUGAGCCCAUAUACCAAGAAUGGGGUUUUUGGAAACGACUGAGCUACCAGUAUAUGUCUGGAUUCACAGCGAGGUGGAAAUAUUAUUUCAUUUGGUCAAUAUCAGAGGCUUCUAUCAUUCUUUCGGGUCUCGGUUUCAGUGGCUGGACAGAGUCCUCACCACCAAAACCUGGGUGGGAUCGUGCAAAAAAUGUUGAUAUUAUAGGUGUUGAGUUUGCAAAGAGUUCAGUUCAGUUACCACUUGUUUGGAACAUACAAGUCAGCACCUGGCUUCGUCAUUAUGUGUAUGAAAGGCUUGUUAAACCUGGCAAGAAGGCUGGUUUCUUCCAGUUGCUGGCUACACAGACUGUCAGCGCUGUUUGGCAUGGCCUCUAUCCGGGGUACAUCAUAUUCUUUGUUCAGUCAGCAUUGAUGAUUGCCGGAUCAAGAGCGAUUUACAGAUGGCAGCAAGAUGUACCUCCAACUAUGGACGUUGUUAAGAAGAUAUUGGUGUUCAUCAACUUUGCUUACACUGUCUUGGUUCUGAACUACUCCUGUGUUGGUUUCAUUGUAUUAAGCCUUCACGAAACACUCGCCUCAUAUGGAAGUGUGCAUUUCAUCGGAACCAUUGUUCCCAUAGCAUUGAUCCUACUGAGCUAUGUAAUAAAACCUCCAAGGCCUGCGAAAUCGAAGGCUCGGAAGGAAGAGUGAGGUUUGUCAGCUGCAACAGCAUUCGCUACGCUUUGGAGUGCUUGGAAUGAGAUAAGAAGGCGCUUCGUUAUGCAAUUAUGAAUCAAACCUAAGUCCUCCAAAUUGUUUCGAACGAUUGUAACAUCUGUUCUACCGACAACGUUGAUUAUGUCUGUUUCAUCUUUUGUAGCGUCGACCUCAGUAAGCGAAAUCACGCUAAUAACGAACCAGAAGGCAGUUGUAGUCGUUUAGAAAAUAGCAAUCCAUUAGCUGUCCAAACAGAUGUUACUGGAAAUAAGUUUGUUAGUGUCAACUUUACGGUUGAACUGAGUGGAACAUCGUUUAACUUCACACUUGAGAGACAAUUUGGAGGACUUAGGUUUGUUUGAUUCAUAAUUGCAUAACGCACCAAUGUCGGUUUUAGAGUCGAACUUUUUGUCGAACCUGAGGGGUAUUUUUGUCGGAAAAUGGUGAGUAGAAGCUGAAUCGACAACCAAAAAAUUUGUUUUUCACAUUA